AUGUCAGAUGAAAAUGAAAAUUUACCAAUCACAACUGAAGAUUCCAACGAAAUAGCACCACAACAAGAAAGUGAAACUGUAGAUGCCCCUCAUGAUAGCAACGAACCAGAAAAAAGUAACGAAGACAAUGAGCUGACGCUGCUGGGUGAACAAUUUGAAAAUUAUAUGCGCAUUGCAAAGGCCCUAAUGAAAACCCUCAAACGACCGAAGGAUAUUGAUAUCUGUAACGAUCUGCUGAAGAAAGUCCAAACGCUGCAUAACAGCCGUCAUUUGGAGGUGCUACGCAAUAAUAAUCGUUUCUUUCGUUACUGCUUGCGAGUUUUGAAAUGGACCAGUGAAAAUCAACCCAUGGAAUUAUAUCGAACACUGUACCCAGAUGACACUAACUCCUGUAAUGAGUUAAAAGAAGUCACACAAUGGUCAAGUGAUAAAAAAUCGUAUAUGGCUGCAAAGACAUAUAAAAAUGGUGUUUCCUUAAUCUACAUGGCUGUGUUGAAUGAUGUGGAAGCCGGAUGGCAAGAGGAUGGUUUUAAAAUCCUCCAACAGAAAAUGUCUUGUGAAAGAGAGUAAAAGACAUAAC